AUGCCGACUUCCAAUGUUACUUUCUGCCGCUGUGCUCGCUGUGGGGAAAAUGUAGUUGGAGAAGGUACAGGAUGCACUGCCAUGGAUCAAGUCUUCCACGUGGAUUGUUUUACCUGUAUCAUCUGUAACAACAAGCUCCGAGGGCAGCCCUUCUAUGCUGUGGAAAAGAAAGCAUACUGCGAGCCCUGCUACAUUAACACUCUGGAGCAGUGCAACGUGUGUUCCAAGCCCAUCAUGGAGCGAAUUCUCCGAGCUACCGGGAAGGCCUACCAUCCUCACUGCUUCACCUGUGUGAUGUGUCAUCGCAGCCUGGAUGGGAUCCCAUUCACUGUGGAUGCUGGCGGGCUCAUUCACUGCAUUGAGGACUUCCACAAGAAAUUUGCCCCUCGAUGUUCUGUGUGCAAGGAGCCCAUCAUGCCGGCCCCAGGCCAGGAAGAGACUGUUCGUAUUGUGGCUCUGGAUCGAGAUUUCCAUGUUCACUGCUACCGCUGCGAGGAUUGUGGUGGCCUCCUGUCUGAAGGAGAUAACCAAGGUUGCUACCCUUUGGAUGGACACAUCCUCUGCAAGACCUGCAACUCUGCCCGCAUCAGGGUGUUGACCGCCAAGGCGAGCACUGACCUUUAGAUACAGUUGCCUGUUUAGUUGGUUAGUGGAUGUCGCUGCGACGGACGAAACACAAGCAAAAGAUAAAAAAAGAAGUAGGAAAAUAGAGGAAAAGCGAUCAAACUAUGGAAUGGUCUCUGUUCUUCAUCUGCUAUUAAUCUCUCCU